AUGACGGGAGAGGAAGACGGUGACGUCACCCUCGAGGCUAUUCCCGCGGUGGAUGCCCUUCUUGAGCUGGACGAGAUGCCCUUCGAAGAGUUUGGCGAUGUCUUGGAGGCAGGCAAUUCAGCCGAUGUGGUCAUUAUACGACCAACCGAAGAGAUUAACUCGUCGUCACUACUGGAUGAAGCUGUCCUGGAGGCCACAAAGAGGGUGCUAAACGCACGAAAUGGAUCGUCGAUCUUGAAUCCUUCGGAUCCGUACUAUCCUUAA